GACCCUGUGACCUUUCGCAGGAUCGGACGACAUCGGACGAUACGACAUUUGAGAAUGGCGCUUCAGGAUUUCUCUCCCUUUCCCGUGCUUAUAGCCGCGGCGCUUGUUGCCGUGUCGGCGGCAGUGGUCGGCUUUCUCUUCUCCGGCAAGAAGAAGGGCCCGCCGAGGGCUCUGCAGGACCCGACCGUCAAGUAUCCCUUCAAGCUCGUGGACAAGGAGAUCGUGAGCCACGACACCCGGCGGUUCAGAUUCGCCCUCCCCUCUCCCGAACACGUUCUAGGUCUGCCCAUCGGCCAGCACAUCUACCUGAGCGCCCGGGUGAACGGCGAGCUCGUGAUCCGCCCUUACACACCUGUCUCCAGCGAUGACGACAAGGGCUACUUCGACCUUGUCAUCAAGGUGUACUUCAAGAACGUGCAUCCCAAGUUCCCGGAUGGAGGGAAGAUGUCGCAGUACCUGGAGAACAUGCAGCUGGGAGACUUUAUAGAUGUGCGCGGGCCGAGCGGCCUGCUGGUUUACGACGGCAACGGUCAGUUCAGUAUCAAGCCUGACAAGAAGUCACCGGCGGCGCAGAAGACAGCAAAGAAUGUCGGGAUGAUCGCAGGUGGCACCGGUAUCACCCCGAUGCUUCAACUUGUCCGAGAGGUGUUGAAGAAUCCAGACGAUGACACCAACCUGUAUCUGCUGUUCGCCAACCAGACUGAGAAGGACAUCCUCCUCCGACCGGAGCUGGAAGAGCUGGCCGACCAGUACAAGGACAGGUUCAAGCUGUGGUACACCCUGGACCGUCCGGAGGAUGGAUGGAAGUACAGCGCCGGUUUCGUGGAUGACACCAUGCUAUCGGAGCACAUGCCGCCACCCGGUGACGACACCCUCGUUCUGAUGUGCGGACCUCCGCCCAUGGUCAAGUUCGCCUGCCUACCUAACCUGGACAAGCUAGGCUACACUUCUGACCGACGCUUUGCUUACUGAUGACUACAACAGCAAUGAUGUCACGGCAAAUGACAACUGUUACAUGCUCCUAUCACAUUAUAUAUUAAGAACAACUUCUGUCCAUGGUCAAGGUUGCCUGCCUAACUAAUCUGGACAAGCUGGGCUACACUUCCGACAGACGCUUCGCUUACUGAUGAGUGCAACAACAGUGAUGACACUGCGAAUGGCAACUAUUAAAUGCUCGUAUCACAUUAUAUAUUAAUAACAACAUUGUAUCAGACCAAUUCAGAAUGACCAGCUUGUGCUAGAGGAAUUAUGUAACUAUGUGAAAUUAUCCAAGAGAAUAUAUCAUGAUAUCUUUGUAGAAAGGCUACACCAAUCAAUUUAGUUAAUUUUGUGAUCUGCACGUUUGGAUUGUAUUAAUCUGUUUAAAAAAAGAAAUAAUAUGUGCACACAAACUUUCCCUUUUUUUAGUUUUAAUGCUUGGCAGUAAUUCACAAUUUUCUCUGAUAUCUCUGGAAACAGAUUAGAUAAUAGAUCCAAUGUAGCAUCAUUUUCAAAAGUAUUAUAUAUGUAUUUGUGUAAUUGUAAGCACCCUAAUCUGUAUAUCUUGUAGCAAAUGGAUUAGUUUUUAAGGUUGAAAAUUGUCAAACUUCUUUUUUCAUUAUCAUUACUUUAGCAUUCCACCUCCCCCCCAUCAAAAUAUCAGAGAAAUUACCAAAUACAUUGGUGUGGCCUAAGUAUUUUCAUCGGUAUACAUGUGACACUGAUGCAGGUACAAUACAUUGUAUUGUCCAACAUGCAGAAUGGGCCAACCAAAAAGAAUUGCCACGUAAAUUGAAUUUAGAUGCAGUCAAACAUUUCCAAAUUUGUAGGUGUGACUGUUCCAGGUUCAUCCAUCCAGCAUGGCAACUGUGAUGUGUGCAAACAUGCAGUAAACUGUGUCAGUAGGAAUUUAGAAUCUAGAAAGUUCAGGAUGAUUGAACUGUGAUUAGGGAGGAGGCCUUAGAAAUGUAAUUAUGUACUAGUACAAAACAUCAACCUUUGAUUGCCAAGUUGUCUGUUUCCCAAGUGAAGAGAAAAUCAUGCAAACCAUUACUCCAAUGUAAUUGCAAUGUACUUACUCUCUGACUUUUUUACAUGUU